UGGGCGCAAACCCGCCCCCAGCGCCGAGUGCAUCGCCGGCUCGCCUCCAGGGGGCGAUUUUUAUGCGUCCUUGGGGGGCCAACGGCUGGAGAUGCCCUUAUACUUCGACGUUCCAAGUAAAUUAGCCCCAAUGUACCCCCUUCUCAACCCCACCAAUAAUGGAACUGUCUACUUUGCGGCUGGCAAGCUCCGUGAGAACCGGAGCAACGGGAUGUGCAUCCCAACAGGAGCAGAAUAUCUACUCGAGCUCGACAUAUGGUGCAACGUCCGUGAGAGUAUAAUUUCUCUUGUGGACCGUUUUGACGAGCCUGUCAUCCCCAACUUCGUCGCUUCCAAUUUCUGCCAGUACGCUCGUGUCGUAGAUCUCGAUUCUCACAUCUUGAUGAUGGAGAUGAGGAAGCAGCAGUCUUCCAAGGAACAUGAUGGACGAGCUGAUCUUCCAGCUCAUUAUUAUUUUAACUCAAGACUAGCCCAGUCAGGCAUUGUAGACACCGUUCCAGAGCACCAUUCUGGAGUUAUCAUGGAGUGAUAUCCUUCCUCCGGAGUUGCAUGGCUUGAAGAGAAACAAUGUUGUCUUGCAGAUGUCGCAGCACUUAGAACAAGCGGAGUGUCGUUGAAAUUGCAUAACUUACUUUCUUGUCAUUUUCUUCUAUUGAAACUUUCCGACUGUCAUGAGUGUUGAAAAUUUAGCUUUUGUCAUGACUUGAUAAUUCAGAGAUGAGCGACCGAAGUAUAAAUUAUUGCACAUGGAAGUUGACUUUAU